AUGCUGCACGUGCCGCCGCUUCCGCGCAAGCUGCUCACGCUGGCGUUCCUCGUGCGCGAUGGCGCGUCCGCGCGAGGUGACGGGAUGCAGGUGCUGCUGGGCCUGAAGAAGCGCGGCUUCGGCAUGGGCAAGUGGAACGGCUUCGGCGGCAAGGUGGAGCCGACGGACGCGAGCAUUGCGGCGGCCGCGGCGCGCGAGGUGCAGGAGGAAGCCAACGUGACGGUGCAGCCGGAGCACCUGCAGCCGCGUGGCGUGCUGCUGUUCUCGUUCGAGGAGGGCAAGGAAGUGAUGGAGGUGCAUGUGUUCCUGACGCGGCAGUUCAGCGGCGAGCCGUCCGAGAGCGACGAGAUGAAGCCGCAGUGGUAUGACGCCGCGGACAUCCCGUACAAGAGCAUGUGGGCGGACGACUUCAUCUGGCUGCCACACGUGCUCGGCGGCAAGAGCGUGCAGGGACACUUCCGCUUCGCCGCGGACGAGAACACACUGCUCGACCACGAACUCGAGGUGUUACCCUCCUCUGUAGAAUGA